AGAGAGAGAGAGAGGAAGCACAGAUGAUAAGUUGCUGUGCUCAGCCACUAGACCACCACCAUGCAUUGCCACCUUAUAAAAACCAAGAUGAUAUCUCGAUUGUUCCUAACAACGACAGAAACCUCCUGCACAAUACUGCUCUCCUUGCUACUUCACUCUCUCCGACAACACAGAAACACCAGACAAGAACAGAGAAAAGUGUGCCAAACAGAAACCCGAAGAAAAGUAUGGUUGAAGCAGAACAGGAUAAAAAAUAUCCAACAGUGCCCGAGGCAGUGGAGGAGCUGAAGAGAAUGGCAGACAUUGGUAUCCCAAUUCUGGCAGUGAGCAUAGUGAAUUAUCUCAAGAACAUGGUCUUGGUGGCCUCCAUCGGGAGGCUCGGGAGCCUCGAGCUGGCGGGGGGCGCGCUGGCCAUCGGCUUCACCAACAUAACCGGCUACUCCGUCCUCUCGGGCCUCGCCAUGGGGAUGGAGCCCUUGUGCAGCCAGGCUUUUGGUUCCAACAACUUGUCCCUAGUCCACUCGACCUUACGAAGGACAAUCCUCAUGCUCUUGCUUGCCUCCAUCCCGAUUGGGUUCCUGUGGGUCAACCUCGAGUCCCUCAUGCUCAUCCUCAACCAAAGCCCUGACAUCGCGCGGGUCGCCGGCCUCUUCUGCCGCUUCGCACUGCCCGAUCUUGUGGCCAAUAGCCUUCUCCAUCCAUCUCGUAUCUAUCUCCGAAGCAAAGGGACCACACGGCCACUAAUGUGGUGCUCCUUACUAGCUAUUCUUGUGCACGUUCCUCUAACCAUCUUCUUGGCCUUCACUUUGGAUCUUGGCAUCCCCGGCAUCGCUAUCUCGAACUUCGCUACCAAUUUCAACACCCUCAUUUUUCUUCUUCUAUUCAUGCUCUACACUAGGACUAGGACCAUCACUCCCAAUGAGGAGGAGAUUGAUAUGAAAGUUUUAUUAACAUCAUCCCGCCCGUGGCCAAUCUCUUUAGGUACCUCUAAUGCCUCACUAAAAAAGGAAUGGAAGCAACUACUCAGCCUCGCCAUUCCUAGCUGUUUAGGAGUUUGCUUGGAGUGGUGGUGGUAUGAGCUCAUGACCAUUCUAGCCGGCUAUCUUCCUCGCCCCCGCGUCGCUCUCGCGACCGCCGCAAUCGUAAUCCAAACCACCUCGCUCCUCUACUCGCUACCGACCGCUUUGAGCGCCUCGGUCUCGAGCAGGGUCGGGAACGAGCUCGGAGCGGGACGGGCAUAUAGGGCACGCUUGGCGACCAUUACUGCCCUAGGAUUGGCAUUGGUGGCUUCACUAUUUGGGUUACUAUGGACAACCUUAGGUAGGAGAGCUUGGGGAACAGUGUUCACGAGUGAUAGUGAGGUGCUAGAGCUGACCAUGGUUGUGCUGCCAUUAAUAGGACUGUGUGAGCUUGCAAAUUGUCCACAAACCACAAGCUGUGGGGUUCUUAGAGGGAGUGCAAGGCCUGGCGUUGGGGCAGCCAUCAACUUCUGCUCUUUUUACCUAGUGGGUGCACCAGUGGCCAUGGUCUUGGCCUUUGUGUGGGGAUUGGGGUUUUUGGGCCUUUGUUAUGGGCUUUUGGCAGCUCAGAUUGCUUGCGUGGCCUCAAUGUUGUUGGUGAUAUACAAGACUGAUUGGGAGAGGGAGUCGACGAAGGCCUCGGACUUGGUGGGAGAGGCUUGUGAUUUUGCACAACAUGAAGCCCAAAUUGUUUAAGUUUGAAGAAAGGUGUUGGUUUCUGAAAGUAGUAGAUUCCAAAAGGUGAUAAAAAAAAAGAAGAGGAAGAAGACUGUUGAAGAAACUCUUAUCUGAUGCAGUGUAGAAGCCAAGGAAAACUCAAAGACAACACUUUUGACCCAAUUUUUUUUUUCAAUUAUUAUCGUUUAUAAAUUGUAAUUGCUUGUCUCUGUUUUUGGUCCUUCUUUAUAAGGGAGGGAUUGGAUGGACUUGGGUCUUAUUGUGGAGGGGGAUCUCUGGGUAGCUUUGUAUUAUGUUGGUAGCAACUGAUAUUCCAUUAAUUACAGAAGAGAUCACAUAUUGUCACAUCA